AUGGAUCCCAAUCAACAUUCAUCAUAUACUCAAUAUUCCAUACUUGAUAAAUUUGAAAAACAAUUUCAAAAAGAUAUUGAAUUGGAAGAACAAAUGUUAAUUCAAUCAAAUAAUAAUAAUCAUAACAACCAACAACAAAGGCCGCCCAAACAACUGACUUCUUUGAACAACAACAACAGUAAAUUACCAUUAAUUGUUGAUGUAGCAUUAGAUCAAAAGGGUAAUCAAUUAUAUCAGAUUCAUGAAUCUUCAAAUUCAACUAGAAAAGAAAUGCCUAGAUCAACUAAUUUUACUGAAAAUCCAGAAUUACAUAAUGAAUUAACAGUUUCAAUAGAAGAUGAAAAUGAAAUUCAAAAACAAAAUUCAAAACAAUCGAAUAACGACGUUGGAAAUUUAAAUAUUGAUAAUGGUGAUGAUAAUAUUUGGUCAAAUGAUGUUGAACAAGCAUUCAAAGAAGCAUUAAAUAUAAUCCCCAAAAAUGGAUUAAUUAAAAUCAAAAUUGCAGGUAGAUCAUGUGGUAGAAAUGAAUUAAUAUCAGAUUAUAUAAAAUGUAAAACUGGUAAAUUAAGAACAAGAAAACAAGUUUCAUCACAUAUACAAGUUAUAAAAAAUUUACAAGAUAAUUUAGAAAUUAUUAAUUUAAUAAAUAAUGGACCAUUAGCUAAUUCAAAAGAAGAAGAAAAUCAAAUAAAUAAAAAUUUUGAAGAAAUUUUCCAUAAAAUUAAUUUAGAAAAAACUUUAGGUGGAAUUAAAAAAUCAUCAAAUAUAAAUAAAACAACUGUUAGUUACAACGAAAAUGAAUAUACCAAUGUCAACUUUUCAAAGGGUUCAAAUAAUUUAUUAGUAAAUACAACCUCACAUAAAUCAAGAAAAAGAAAAAUGGCCGUACCAUUACAAGAAAAAUCAAGAAAAGAAUCAAAAUCAAAUAAUCAAUUAUCAGUUCAACCAACUCAAUUACCUAUUUUUUUCAAUUUUGUGAAAUUUUUCAUGUCAAUAAAUAAUCAAUGGGAAAAUAAUUCAAUAAUUUUAUCUAUUCAAAAAAAUAAUGAAAAAGUUUCAAAAGUUAAAUUAAAUGAAAGUGCAAAUAUGUCAACUAGAUUUCCUGGUUUAAAUUUAUUUAAAAAUUGUUCUCAUAUUACUAUUUUACAUAAUAUGGUGAAUUUAAUUUUCCCAACUAAAUUUUUAACUUCAAUUCAUAGUAUUGAAACUGGAUUUAAUUCAAAUUAUAUGAUAAAAUUUGAAAAUCCAAAUGAUGAAAUAUUAAAUAAAACUUAUAAAUCAUUUGUAUUUAUUUAUUCUUAUGGAGUUGAAAUUUUUAAAUAUGAAGAACAAAAUAUAAAAUUAAAUCAAGAUAUAGAAUUCAUACCACGAUUUUGGAAAAUCUUUUUAAGUAAAUUAAUAAAUAAAUCAGAAAUAGAAGUUAUAAACGCUUUUAAAGGGUUAACAAUCAAGCAAAUCAUAUAUGAUCCAAAUCAAUCAACUUCUGAUGAAGUAAAUUUACAAUUCCAACAACAAAGAUUAUCAAAAUCAGAUAUAAAAUUAUUAAUAUUAUGGGAAUUUGCUAAAAUUAUUGAUUUAAAUGAUGCAUUAACUAAAACUACUCAAAUUAUUAUACCACAACAAUUAAAAUCUAAAAAAAUUAUAAGUGAUGAUCAAAAUGAAAAUUUUAAUUUUAUAACUUCAUCUAAUGAUAACGUUAUAGCUCAAAUGAUUGAAUAUGAAGAAAAUAUCUUGUUACAAAAUCAACAAAAAGUUUCAAAUAAUGAUGUAUCUCAAAUUAAUAGCUUAACUACUGCUUCAUCUAUAUCAACUAACAAGUCAAAUUACUGGAACGGAUUACCAUCAACUUCUUCAAAUGCAACUACAAUAAACAAUAUGAAUUUUGACAAUGCAUCAAGUUAUAAUAACGAUUUACCAAUCAACAGUGGAUUCUCUACAACAAAUGAUUAUUCAUAUUACAACGAAGUAGUAUAUCCAAGUGUACAUCCCCAACAACAACAGCAACAACAACAGCAACAACAACAAAUGUCACAACAACAAUUUCAAUAUCAAGAUUACAAUAAUAAUUCAAUUAUGCCUAUGUAUUUAUAA